AGUGUCGAGAAUGUUUCGAAGCAAGCAUGGUUGCUGCUGGACGUGUUGUGUUCCUGGCUUCCCUCUGGAUGCUGACAGAAACAAGGGAAUUUCUGCUGAAGUGACAAUGCAAGCCAGAGCCAAAGCAGGUUGGACCCAGCUUGUCCCCACAGAGACGUGUGCUUCCUUCUCUCUCUGAGAGCGACCUGUUAACCGCAAAUACCUGGAAGGUCUGGGACAUGGAGAACGACCCCUCAAGACGAAGAGAGUCCAUCUCUCUCACAUCUGUGGCCAAGGGUCUGGAGAACAUGGGGGCUGAUUUCUUGGAAAGCCUGGAGGAAGGCCAGCUCCCUAGGAGUGACUUGAAGCCCACAGAGAUCAGGAGCAGCUGGAGCGAAGCGGCGCCGAAGCCCUUCUCCAGAUGGAGGAACCUGCAGCCAGCCCUGAGAGCCGGAAGCUUCUGCAGGGAGCACAUGCAGCUGUUUCGAUGGAUCGGCACAGGCCUGCUCUGCACUGGGUUCACUGGCUUCCUGCUGGUGGCCUGCCUCCUGGAUUUCCAGAGGGCCCUAGCUCUGUUUGUCCUCACCUGUGUGGUCCUCACCUUCCUGGGCCACCGCCUGCUGAAACGGCUUCUGGGGCCAAAGCUGAGGAAGUUUCUCAAGCCUCAGGGCCAUCCCCGCCUGCUGCUCUGGUUUAAGAGGGGCCUAGCUCUUGCUGCUUUCCUGGGCCUGGUCCUGUGGCUGUCUCUGGACACCUCCCAGCGGCCUGAGCAACUGGUGUCCUUCGCAGGAAUCUGCGUGUUCAUCGCUCUCCUGUUUGCCUGCUCAAAGCAUCAUUGCGCAGUGUCCUGGCGGGCCGUGUCUUGGGGACUUGGACUGCAGUUUGUACUUGGACUCCUCGUUAUCAGAACAGAACCAGGAUUCAUUGCGUUUGAGUGGCUGGGCGAGCAGAUCCGGAUAUUCCUGAGCUACACGGAGGCUGGCUCCAGCUUCGUGUUUGGGGAGGCGCUGGUCAAGGAUGUCUUUGCCUUUCAGGUUCUGCCCAUCAUUGUCUUCUUCAGCUGUGUCAUAUCGAUUCUCUACCACGUGGGCCUCAUGCAGUGGGUGAUCCUGAAGAUUGCCUGGCUGAUGCAAGUCACCAUGGGCACCACAGCCACUGAGACCCUGAGUGUGGCUGGAAACAUCUUUGUGAGCCAGACCGAGGCUCCAUUACUGAUCCGGCCCUACUUGGCAGACAUGACACUCUCUGAAGUCCACGUUGUCAUGACCGGAGGUUACGCCACCAUUGCUGGCAGCCUGCUGGGCGCCUACAUCUCCUUUGGGAUCGAUGCCACCUCGUUGAUUGCAGCCUCCGUGAUGGCUGCCCCUUGUGCUUUGGCCCUCUCCAAGCUGGUCUACCCAGAGGUGGAGGAGUCCAAGUUUAGGAGGGAGGAAGGAGUGAAACUGACCUAUGGAGAUGCUCAGAACCUCAUAGAAGCAGCCAGCACUGGGGCUGCCAUCUCCGUGAAGGUGGUCGCCAACAUCGCUGCCAACCUGAUUGCGUUCCUGGCUAUGCUGGACUUCAUCAAUGCUGCCCUCUCCUGGCUGGGAGACAUGGUGGACGUCCAAGGGCUCAGCUUCCAGCUCAUCUGCUCCUACAUCCUGCGGCCUGUAGCCUUCUUGAUGGGUGUGGCGUGGGAGGACUGCCCAGUGGUAGCUGAGCUGCUGGGGAUCAAGCUGUUUCUGAACGAGUUUGUGGCCUAUCAAGAACUCUCCAAGUACAAGCAACGCCGCCUGGCAGGGGCUGAAGAGUGGGUCGGCGACAGGAAGCAGUGGAUCUCCGUCAGAGCUGAAGUCCUCACGACGUUUGCCCUCUGUGGAUUUGCCAAUUUCAGCUCCAUUGGGAUCAUGCUGGGAGGCUUGACCUCCAUGGUCCCCCAACGGAAGAGCGACUUCUCCCAGAUAGUGCUCCGGGCGCUCUUCACGGGAGCCUGUGUGUCCCUGGUGAAUGCCUGUAUGGCAGGGAUCCUCUACGUGCCCAGGGGGGCUGAAGUCAACUGCGUGUCCCUCUUGAACACGACCCUCAGCAGCAGUAGCUUUGAGAUUUACCGGUGCUGCCGUGAGGCCUUCCAGAGUUGGAAUGCAGAUGGGAAGGUGAGCAAGCUUGGACCAUGAAGACAAAGGCAACACCCAAGAGAUGGAGCAGCUUCAAGUUAAAGGGAGCCUGAGGCCGUGGCUCGCCUCUGUAGUCCCAGCACUUUGGGAGGCCAAGGUGGGCAGAUCUCUUGAGCCCCGGAGUUUGAGACCAGCCUGGGCAACAUGGUGAAACCCCUUCGAGAAAAAUUAGCUGGGCAUGGUGGUGGGCACCUGUAGUCCCAGCUACUUGGGAGGCUGAGACAGGCUUGAGCCUGGGAGGUGGAGGCUACAGUAAGCCAUGACCCACUGCACUCCAGCUCAGGUGACAGAGCGAGACCCUGUCUUAAAGAAAAAAAAAAAAAAAGAAGGAGUCUGGGGUCCUGAUGUCUUUGCAGAGCAAGACUGCCACGACAGCACAAACUUUAUGUGAGAGGGGAAUAAGUUUCUAUCUUGUUUAUGUUAUUAUUUGGGAUCUCUUAUAUGAGCCUGCUAAUAGACAGGAAGAAUAAGAUAGGCGGUAAGAAGGAGCAGAUUUGCCUCUUUCCUGCGGGGGUCCUGAUGAACAAAUGGGAACAAGCUAUUAUUAACAAAGUGCCCAUCACCCCUGCCUGGCACUCCUGGUUCUCUGGUAACAUGGGGCUGGUACAUUCACCUGGAGUCCUAAAUGGGCCCACUCCUUCUGACAAAGUCUAAAUCUGAAACAUACCUCCCACUGGCCACCAAGACUUUGGAGAAAAAAGAGAGACUCCUGAUACAUACGCGAGAGGAAGUGGAAAGAGAGCCAGAUGGCCAAACUGCAAAGUUUUCCAAUUUAGCUUCAUGAUGGGAAAACACCAGAGACAGAAGGCAAGGCGAGGCAAGGGAGGCUCACAGCAGCUUCCAGCCUCAGGCUUACAGAAGCAGGAGUCAGCAGAGGUCCAUGUGCUGUGUAUAACCUUUCAACACACAGUGACCUGAUCCACUGGUAAGUGUGGCCCAGUCUACCCACUAAGAUCCAUGUUCCCUCCCCUUGAAGAACAGCAAGGAACUAGAACAGGAGCUAGAAGAAGGACAGGCCUCUCAGGUCCCCAUCCUGCUCACCUCCCACCUGCCAAACACUGCAAAUUAUGUUGAGAGCAAAAAAGAACAAGGAAGAGAUGAUCCCACAGGGAUUGCUUGGAGCAGUUUUCUCAUCCUCACACUGGCUGUGUGGCUAUCUGCUCUCCAUACAGACACCUUUCCUAUCUUUCCAAGGUGGGACUCAUUUCUCAUCUACAAGUAAGAAGGCAGUAACCCACAGAUCAAGACUGCCCACCAGAUGAACACACGAAAUGCUGCUACACUCUCCCACACGUCAGUAAAUUCCUUUCAUCCAAUGACUCCACGUACUUCAGUGAUGGACCAUGAGUGAGCCUGACCAGGCUGGAGGUGCUACCACGCAGGCUACUUCCUCCACUCAGCCCCAACUGACAAAGGACACAUUUUUAUCCCAGCAAAACUUCUGUUUUUCUUUUUCCAAGAAAAAAGAAAAGUCGUCGGGCACAGUGGCUUACGCCUGUAAUCCCAGCACUUUGGGAGGCCAAGGCAGGAGAAUCGCUUGAGCCUGGGAGUUUGAGACCAGCCUGGGUAACAUGGUGAAACCUAGUCUGUACAAAAAAAUACAAAAAAUUAGCCAGGUGUCGUGGUGCAUGUCUGUAGUCCCAGCCACUCCUGGGAGGUCGAGGCUGCAGUGAGCUGUGGAUCGUGCCACUGCACUCCAGCCUGGGAAACAGAGUGAG